AUGGCGGCAGCUGUACAGCUCGCUCUAGAGCUCAAAGCUGAGCUACAGAAGACUUGCGGGCUGCUCUUCCCUCCCGUUGACCUUCUACCGACAUGGCUUCUCAGCACCGAAAUGACACUGAAGCUGUCCGACGACGAUGAUUGGGAUCUCUUCGUGCAGGAACUUGACGCAUAUGCAAGCCACUCAUCCAAGAUCCAUGGUCACUGGCGGAUUGAGGAUGACACCGAAGACGCUGUAUACAUUCUUAUGGGUCGUGACGUUUGGCAGAGUACGCGAUGCGAUCGUUUCGCUGGCUCAAGAGUCAUCUCAGUGGAGAACAAUGAUGCCGUUGACUCAACCAACCGCAUGCAGACCAUGAGGGUUGUCAAUCGGUCAUCCGACUGCAAUCGUGGCAUCUAUCAUGUCCCUGCGGGCCAAACCACAACAUACCAAACCUUUGCACACCUUUUCCGCACCGCGCUGAGAUUGGGACCUCGCGAUACCGGAAACAUGAUCGACAUUUGUGCGAAGUACGGCCUGAAUUAG